CCUGUCCCGGACGUUGGAGCCAUUACCACACCCGCCCCCUGCUCCCGAGAACCAGUGAUCCGAGGGGCCAGAGACUUGCUCAAGGUCACUACCAACAGAAAGGCACGGCGUCAAAACCCAGGCGGUCGGCUCCCACCGGCUUCCCUGUCUGCUAGCUGGGUGAUCCUGGUGACAGCUCACCUCUGGAGCCUCUGUUUCCUGCUCUUAACAUGUCCAGCGCCUUGGCCAAUGCCGUGUGCCAGCGCUGCCAGGCGCGCUUCGCCCCUGCCGAGCGGAUCGUCAACAGCAACGGAGAGCUGUACCACGAGCACUGCUUCGUGUGCGCCCAGUGCUUCCGGCCCUUCCCCGAGGGGCUCUUCUACGAGUUCGAAGGUCGGAAGUACUGCGAGCAUGACUUCCAGAUGCUGUUUGCUCCAUGCUGCGGGUCCUGCGGCGAAUUCAUCAUUGGCCGCGUCAUCAAGGCCAUGAACAACAACUGGCACCCUGGAUGCUUCCGCUGUGAGCUGUGCGACGUGGAGCUGGCUGACCUGGGCUUUGUGAAGAAUGCAGGCAGACACCUGUGCCGACCCUGUCACAACCGCGAGAAGGCCAAGGGCCUGGGCAAGUACAUCUGUCAGCGCUGCCACCUGGUCAUCGACGAGCAGCCCCUCAUGUUCAAGAAUGACGCCUACCACCCUGACCACUUCAGCUGCACCCACUGCGGGAAGGAGCUGACCGCAGAGGCCCGGGAGCUGAAGGGCGAGCUCUACUGCCUGCCCUGCCACGACAAGAUGGGGGUCCCCAUCUGCGGGGCCUGCCGCCGGCCCAUCGAGGGCCGGGUGGUCAAUGCGCUGGGCAAGCAGUGGCACGUGGAGCACUUCGUCUGCGCCAAGUGUGAGAAGCCGUUCCUGGGGCACCGGCACUAUGAGAAGAAGGGCCUGGCCUACUGUGAGACCCACUACAACCAGCUCUUUGGGGAUGUCUGCUACACUUGCAGCCACGUGAUCGAGGGCGAUGUGGUGUCAGCCCUCAACAAGGCCUGGUGCGUGCACUGCUUCUCCUGUUCCACCUGUAACAGCCGGCUCACCCUGAAGAACAAGUUUGUGGAGUUCGACAUGAAGCCCGUGUGUAAGCGGUGCUACGAGAAGUUCCCGCUGGAGCUGAAGAAACGGCUGAAGAAGCUGUCGGAGCUGGCUGCCCGCAGGGCGCAGCCCAAGUCCUCGGGCCUCCCCACUGCCUGAGAGGCCUGCCCCUGGGGCCGCUUCCUGCACAUCGCUCUUCUGCUGCCCGAGCCUUCACUCCCUGCUUCGGCUCCCUGAACCUGCCGCAUCUCGCUCCUGUCUCUCUGCUCAGCAUCCCUCCUCCUCCCCUCCACCUUCGAGCAUCCUCCUCUCCCUCCUUCCACGAGGCCUUGGGGCAGGGGCCUGGGUGUGGUGAGCCUAUGACAGGUCCACAGCCACAGUUUUGGCCCAAGGUCCUCCAGGGCCAGGAACAGAUAGGGGCCGGUGUCACCUGACUCAGCCUGCCCUGACCUGUCCCAUCCCUGCAGAGGCCUCAUGGCAGCUUGGCCAGCCUCUGCCCCACAUGGCACAGAUGGAGCCCCCAGCCAGGCAGCCGCCCUGGGCCCUAGGCCACGUGGGUGGGGGGCCUCUGGUAAACCGUCCUUCUCUCCCCCACCACGUGCUCACUCAGUCAAGGAGGAUCCCAGUACCCAGACCAGGCCGGCAUGCCUUGCACUUCACCCUACACAGCAGCUGAAGGGGCCCUGCGCACCCCGCCUCUGGAGUGCGUGCUGAUUCCCUGGGUGCAGUCUGGAGCCAGGAGGUGGUGGGCUCCAGUGGUUGGCUCAUUCCUGCCCUCCAAGAAAGACAUUACAGUCACACAACGAAUGAAGGCUUCUUUACACCA